GUUUUUUAUUUUUAACACCGUUACAAUUUCAUAAAGCGCUUGAACCUUUAUUCUGUUAAACCGUCGUUUAGAUUAUCAACUUGUUAUCAUUCUUCAUUUGAGUCAUUGCCACUUGGUAACGACUGCUUUCGUGAAUAAAUAUGAGCGCAUUUAACAGAUUUCUACAUGUAUAUUUUUACCACAAUACCUCGAUAACAUACAUUUAGAAUAGACCAGAGAAUUCAAAUAUUGGACAUCAUAGAUGAUACAAACUAAAAGUUCGUGGACUCCAUUGGUGAACAAAGACGCAAAUAAAACGCUUUUUGAAGAACGAAAACAUCUUAUUUUAGCUUGGUUUGCCAAAUGGUCAGAAAGUCAAAGAAAGGAGUUAAUGACGAAACUUUUCGAGUUAUGCACUCAGAAACAACUUGAGUCACUUUUUCACAAUAUAGAAAAUAAAAUUCCUUUAUACCAAAUAGAUUUUACUAGAAUACUACCAAGAGUUCUAUGCAUUUAUCUGUUUUCUUUUCUGGAUCCUAGAAGUCUCUGUCGCUGUGCACAGGUAUCAUGGUAUUGGAGAUAUCUAACUGAAUCAAAUGAAUUAUGGGCAUCGAAGUGUUUAAGAUAUGGAUGGGAUUUAAUCGCUUCACAUAGUCAAUGGGAACCUGGAAUUUGGAAGAAGCAUUAUAUUCAAAACAUACGUUAUCUUCAGUUUCAUAUUUCAGAGAAGUCAAUCAAUAAAGAAAAUGGUGAUACAAGAGAAAGAUGUCCAGAAGAACUAUUCAAUAAAAGAUGUCAUACAUUGAAUUUUGUAAAUAAUCAUCAUCAGAAUCAUUAUGAGAACAAUAAUAUUGAUACUACCAUUAAUACUACUGCUACUACUACUACUAAUAGUAGUAGUAUCAGUAGUAACCAUGGUGAUUAUGAUAAAAAACAGGAUAUAAAUAGAAACUAUAAAAUGAUUCAAUUAACUGAUACAUCUAAAUUAAUACCAUGGCGUGCACCAAGUCGUAAACCAUCGGAUACUCAUCGUUUUAAUUAUUUUGAUAAUAAUGAAACAAUCAAGUUAAAAUCUUCUAAAAAUGAAUUUCAAUAUCGGUUCAGUAAUAGUGCUGGGUCAACAAGAAAGAAGUACUCAUUAUCAUUAUCAUCAUCAUCAUCACCACCACCGCAAAUUGAUGAUAUUUACAGUAAUGAUAUUAAUGGUAAUGUUCAUAAUCUGUUUAAGCAUGAAACAAUACAGAAAUCAAUAUGUCCUAAUAUUUCAAUGUUCACAAGUCAUCAUAAUUCAAUCACAUUACCUUGGAAACACACAUCUACAUAUCCUUCUGGAGCAUAUUAUCUUAAUACAGAAAAACUACAACCACUACAAUAUAGUAUGAUUAAAAAAUAUUUUAAUCCUAAUUCUAACUUUAAAAAUAGUUCAAAAUUUAAUAAAAUUGAGAAUAAUGAACCGCCAAAUCAUAAACUACAUUUGAACAACUCAAAAUUGAAUGGAUCAAAUAAACAACUGGAUCAUGAAAUCCACAUGGUCAAUUUUUCAGAUAAUAAACAAACUUAUGGAAAAUCGACGGUUUUGGAAGAAUUGAAUUCUCAAUAGUAAACAUAGCAAUAAUAAUAAUUCUUCACACAUGAAUAUACUACUACCCUACAAUAAUGAGUAGUUUAAAUUAAUUUGUAAACUGUAAAAUCAAUCAUGUUUACUUUUCCAUACUGAAUGAAAAAUAUAUUUCCUUUUUUGUUUUUAAAAAAAGUUUGUUUCUUCAUCUGGGAAUGUGAUUGAUGAUUAAGAUUGUGAUGAUAUAAUCUUUUUUUUGAAAACCAUUUACAUUGAGUUAAUUUAGAGAAUAUCAUAGUCGUUCGUGUUAUAUUUCUUUGUUAGAUAUUAACACCGUUAGAUGCCGACUCAGUGGUCUAGAGGUUAAACGUUCACGCAAGAGACUGGAAGUCCUGGGUUCGAGUCUCGCGAGCUAGAUCGUGGAUGCGCACUGUUGACGAGUCUGCUACUAGUAAGAAAUGACCGUCUAGUGGUCUGAGGUUUUCCAUGGUAGUCCAGCUUCAACUGACUCAUGAAUUUAACCACUAAAUUCCUUUCGAUUAAUAAAUUUAAUUCUGAACAUGGUAAAGAAGAAU